UUCCCACACCAUGUUUUUCUCCGUUCACAAAUGGAAGCUACCUUUUUAAUAUUCUUUUCGGCAGUCGGUGUAGGCUGCAAUGUUGAUCUUGCCUGGGAUAUGGACUUCAAGAUGUUGCUUAUGCUUACUGGUGCAGUUUUCGAGGAUAUACCAUAUCCCCAACGGGUUACUAUCAAUCACGACUCCAAGCCAUUCUCUCCUUCCUUUGUCCCUAGAAUAAGUUGAAUCCACUCCAUGUUUUUGUUUUGUCUCGCAUUUUAGUAAAUGGGGGGUAAUUCUCCUUCGCUAGUGUCUGGAUAAAGAAAGACUAGGUCAGCCAUGUGGAUGCGUCUGUGUAACAGCUGAAGAGGGGGGGCUUACGGAGAGACGGGGAGAGAUAGGCAGAACGUGGUGUGUAUGCAUAUGAAAGAAGGAGAGGGGGUAGAGGCAGAGAAGGGAGAGCGAGAGAGGGAGACCGUGCGCGCGCGCAUGUGAGUGAGUGUGUGUGUGUGAGAGCGAGAGAGUGAAUGUGUGUGUGUGAAAAAGGAAGCCGAGUCUUUGAACGGUGAACUCAGUGAUUUCCUACCCUUCGAAGUGCUGCACGGUAUCAAGACUACGGUCCUUUAUGCUUUUCACAUCGGGAGCUAGAACACGGCGAAAGGGAUCGGAGCUCGCCGUGUGCUUAGCGAAGGAGUCCCUCGCCGACCGGAACGUGAAUAAAUUAGCAAAAGCGAGGUCGUCUUUUGUUGAAGCAAGUGCCCGUUUCCCUCUGCACGAGCAGCGGCUCUUUAAGGAUAAACUGUCGGCGCGGUACCGCUCAUCCCAGGUUCUUGGAUCUGACCCAGGCCAGCAAGUUCGGCCGGGUCAUUUGCUAGUAGCCGCUGAGGAUUCCGUUUGAAGUUGUUUGCGGCAGUCGAUUGGAACUUAGAUCAUCAGACUGGCGGCUCUCCUGAAACACUGGGGUUGUCGGUGCGGCGGACUUUUUCCUGGAUCUGAGCGGUAAAUCAGAAGACUGAAGCCCAGGCUCACAGUCUACCUUUCACGGAGGCCCAGCCGUGAGAGGACAGAGGAAGGCACGUGGCGAAUCAUGACCGCCGACAAGGACAAGGAGAAGGACAAGGAACGGGACCGCGACAGGGACCGCGAUCGUGACAGGGACCGCGACAGAGGGGACCACCGCGGAGGAGCAGGAGCAGACAGAGCAGACAGAGACCGAGGGGACCACAGAGGAGGAGCAGCAGGAGGAGGAGCAGGGGACAGCAAGGGACGCAACACAGGAGGAGGAGGACCAGGGGGCAGUGUCCCAGUAGGUGGACCAGGGGUGGGAUCAGGAGGACCAAUGACUUCCACAGUAGGACCUAGUGGCGGUGGUGACCGAGGGGAUCACCGCGGUAGCGAACGCGAGCACAGAAGCGAGCGGGACAAAAGCGGGCGUGGAGGCGGUGGUGGUGAUAACUCUGAGACCUCCAGGCCACGCCGCAGCUGCACUCUAGAAGCAGGAGGCGCCCGCAACUACGCUGAGAGCGAACACAGUGAGGACGAGGAUGGAAACAGAGGAGGAGGAGGAGGUGGUGGUGAUGGAGGAGCUGGACCAGGGGGAGCAGGAGGAGGAGGAGGUGCUGGAGGAGGUGGUGGUGGUGGGGGUACGGUAGGGGGAGGUGGCGGGGCGGGGGGAGGUGUUACUGGGGGGAUCAUGGUGGCCGUGGAGGACGGCGGCUCCAAGAAGAGCAAGAAGAAGCUGCCCAAGAAGAAGUCGCGCUACGAGCGCACGGAGAACGGCGAGAUCACCUCCUUCAUCACCGAGGACGAGACCAUCUACAGGCCCGGAGACUGUGUCUACAUAGAGAGCCGACGGCCCAACACACCCUACUUCAUCUGUAGUAUUCAGGAUUUUAAACUGAGCAAGCGGGACCAUCUGCUGAUGAAUGUGAAGUGGUACUACCGCCAGUCUGAGGUGCCCGACUCGGUCUACCAGCACCUGGUGCAGGACCGCAACAAUGAGAACGACUCUGGUCGAGAGCUGGUGAUCACUGACCCCGUGGUCAAGAGCAGAGAGCUCUUCAUCUCCGACUAUGUGGACACCUACCAUGCUGCUGCCCUCAGGGGGAAAUGUAACAUCACCCACUUUUCCGACAUCUUCGCCGCCCGGGAGUUCAAGGCCCGCAUCGACUCCUUCUUCUAUAUCUUGGGAUACAACCCAGAGACACGGCGGCUCAACAGCACACAAGGGGAGAUCCGCGUGGGUCCCAGUCACCAGGCCAAGCUCCCCGACCUGCAGCCCUUCCCCUCCCCUGGUGGCCAGACAGUGACGGAGAAGGAGGAGCUGGUCUGGAUGCCAGGGGUCAACGACUGUGACCUGCUCAUGUACCUGAGGGCAGCCAGGAGCAUGGCAGCAUUUGCGGGCAUGUGUGACGGAGGGUCCACAGAGGACGGCUGCCUUGCUGCUUCCCGAGACGACACCACACUCAACGCCCUAAACACACUGCAUGAGAGCAGUUACGAUGCUGGAAAGGCCUUACAGAGGCUGGUGAAGAAACCAGUGCCUAAGCUCAUCGAGAAGUGCUGGUCAGAAGACGAAGUGAAACGGUUCAUCAAAGGACUGAGACAGUACGGCAAGAACUUCUUCAGGAUUCGGAAAGACCUGCUUCCCAACAAGGAAACGGGCGAGCUGAUCACCUUCUACUACUACUGGAAGAAGACUCCGGAGGCGGCCAGCUCUCGAGCACACCGUCGCCACCGCCGCCAGCCCGUCUUCCGCCGCAUCAAGACACGCACCGCCUCCACGCCCGUCAACACCCCCUCACGGCCCCCCUCCAGCGAGUUUCUGGACCUGAGCUCAGCGAGCGAGGAUGACUUUGACAGCGAGGACAGCGAACAGGAGCUGAAGGGCUACGCCUGCCGACACUGCUUCACUACCACUUCUAAGGACUGGCACCACGGCGGGCGGGAGAACAUCUUGCUCUGCACCGACUGCCGCAUCCACUUCAAGAAGUACGGCGAGCUGCCGCCCAUCGACAAGCCCGUGGACCCACCGCCGUUCAUGUUCAAACCUGUCAAAGAGGAAGAGGAUGGGCUCAGCGGCAAGCAUAGCAUGAGGACCCGACGCAACAGAGGCGCAAUGUCGACGCUACGAAGUGGCCGUAAGAAGCAGACUGCCAGCCCCGAUGGCCGUGCCUCCCCCACCACAGAGGACCUGCGCUCCAGCGGACGCACCUCACCCAGCGCAGCCAGCACCUCCAGCACAGACAGCAAGACAGACAGCAUGAAGAAGCCCAACAAGCAGAAGAUCAAGGAGGAGGCUCCCUCGCCCAUGAAGAGUGCCAAACGCCAGAGGGAGAAGGGCGCCUCAGACACAGAGGAGUCCGAGAGGGCCGGCGCCAAGAAGUCCAAGACUCAGGAGUUGAAUCGGCCGGACUCCCCGUCGGAGUGCGAGGGCGAGAGCUCGGACGGCCGCAGCGUGAACGAGGACGCCAGCAGCGGCGACCCCAAGGACAUCGACCAGGACAACCGCAGCUCGUCCCCCAGCAUCCCCAGCCCCCGCGACAACGAGAGCGACUCCGACUCCUCAGCCCAGCAGCACCUCUUACAACAGCAGCAGCAGCAGGCGGCACAGCAACAGGCCCAGGCACAGCAGCACCCGCCCGUCAUCACGUGCCAGCCUGGCACCGCUCUACCCACCGUCGCCAACCUCCCCGCACCCAACGCGUCCGUCUCCUCCUCCGCAUCCAGUUCCAUUUCCUCCUCUACGUCUUCGUCAACGUCGUCUUCCUCGUCCACGGCGACGGUCGCUACGGUGUCCUCGAGCAGCCCCCUGACGUCGGUCUCGCAGCAGGGUCCCCCCACCCUUCCCCCGCAGGUGUCUCCGGUAGGCGCGUCGGCGGUGCCCCCCCAGCAGCCGCCCAUGCCCAUGCCCCCCACGGGACCCAUGCCCCUCAUCCAGUCGGGGCCGUCGUCUUUGCUGCACCACCCGCAGCGGCUGCCCUCGCCCCACUCGCCGCUGCCCCAGAGCCUGCCUCAGGCGCCCUCGUCCUCCCAGACUGCUGCCUCGUCGCAGGGGGCGUUGGCGCCACCUCCACCCCCACCGCCGCUGCCGCCUCCGCCACCUCACCAUGGGCCCCUGCCCAUGCCCACCAUGGGCCACCCGCUGCAGGCCGGCCCGCUGCCGCCCCACCUGCCCCCUCACGGCCACCCGCCCCACGGCAUGCCCAUGCCGGGCCACGGCCAGCCGCCCUUCCCGCUCUCGCAAGCUCAGGUACCGCCCUCGGCCCACCACCCGGGCCAGCCCCAGCCCUCCGCGCUGUCCCAGCAGCAGCAGCACAGAGAGAGGGAGAGGGAACAGCGGGAGCGAGAGAGGGAGCGGGAGAGAGAAAGGGAGAGGGAGAGAGAGCGCGAGCUACGAGAGAGGGAGCGGGAAAGAGAACGAGAACGGGACAGGGACAGGGAUAGGGACAGGGACCGGGACCGGGAGAGAGACCAGCCACCGAUGCCCUCCCACAUGCCGCCCACGUCGCAGCAGGGCAUCCCUCAGCUGCCUAGGGAGCAGCCUUUACCGCCGGCACCAAUCUCCAUGCCCCACAUCAAGCCCCCACCCACCACGCCCAUCCAGCAGAUGCCCAGCGUGCCCUCGCACAAGCACCCACCGCACCUGCCCGCGCCGCCCUUCCCCCAGAUGCCCUCCAACCUGCCCCCUCCGCCGGCGCUCAAGCCCCUCAGCUCCCUCUCCAGCCACCCUCUCCACCCGCCCUCAGCGCACCCGCCGCCCUUACAGCUCAUGCCCCAGGGCCAGCAGCUGCAGCCCCCGCCCGCCCAGCCGCCCGUGCUCACCCAGUCCCAGAGUCUGCCCGCCUCGGCCGGGCACGGACCCCCGCAGCCUCCCCCUCUGCCACCGUCCGCGGCGGCCGCCGUCGCAGCAGCUGCAGCGGCGGCAGCAGCACACGGGCACCCAGGACAGCCGCCCUUCCCCCCUCACCACUUCAUGCCCGGUGGGCCGCCCAUCUUGCCCCCCUCCUCCGCCUCGAUACCUGGCGGCCCGCCCGUCUCCAUGCCCGGGCUGCCUCCACAGGUGGCGUCGUCCAUCUCCAUGCCGCUGCCCGCCUCAGUCAGCGCCAACCUGCCGGGACCCUCGUCCUCGUCGGCAAUGGCCUCCAUGCCCGCCGUGCAGAUCAAGGAGGAGCCUAUGGACGAGGCGGAAGAGCCCGAGAGCCCGCCACCACCCCAGAGGAGCCCCUCGCCCGAGCCCACCAUCGUCAACACGCCCAGCCACGCCAGCCAGUCUGCACGGUUCUACAAGCACCUGGACCGGGGCUACAACACGUGUGCCAGGACGGACUUCUACUUCACGCCGCUGGCCUCGUCCAAGCUGGCCAAGAAGCGCGAGGAGGCCGUGGAGCGGGCCAAACGGGAGGCGGAGCAGAGGGCGCGCGAGGAGAAGGAGAAGGAGCGCGAGAGGGAGAAGGAGAGAGAGAGGGAACGCGAGCGCGAGAAGGAGGCUGAGAGAGCUUCUAAGGCAUCCAGUUCGUCUCAUGAAGGCCGCAUGGGCGAACCGAUGCCCGGUCCUGCGCACAUGCGGCCGUCCUUCGAGACGCCUCCCACCACCAUCGCGGCCGUGCCCCCCUACAUCGGCCCCGACACGCCCGCCCUGCACACCCUGCGCGAGUACGCCCGGCCCCACGUCAUGUCCCCCACCAACCGCAACCACCCCUUCUUCAUGUCCCUCAACCCCAGCGACCCGCUGCUGGCCGCCUACCACAUGCCGGGCCUGUACAACGCCGACCCCGCCCUGCGCGAGCGAGAGCUGCGUGAACGCGAGAUGCGGGAGCGUGAGAUCCGCGAGAGGGAGAUGCGCGAGCGCAUGAAGCCCGGGUUCGAGGUCAAGCCCCCCGAGCUGGAAGGCCUGCACCCGUCGGCCAACCCCAUGGAGCACUUUGCCCGGCACGGCGCCAUCACGCUACCGCACAUGGCCGGCCCGCACCCCUUCGCCUCCUUCCACCCGGGCCUCAACCCGCUGGAGCGUGAGCGGCUAGCGCUGGCCGCCGGGGGUCCCCAGCUGCGGCCGGACAUGACGUACCCGGAGAGGCUGGCGGCCGAGCGGCUAGCGGCCGAACGCAUGGCCUCGGUGGCGGCCAACGACCCCAUCGCACGGCUGCAGAUGUUCAACGUCACGCCGCACCACCACCAGCACUCGCACAUCCACUCACACCUCCACCUGCACCAGCAGGACCCGCUGCACCAAGGUGGUGGUGAAUGUCUUGUAUGUCCCCCAGGUUCUGGGGCCCACCCGCUGGUCGACCCGCUGGCCGCCGGACCGCACCUGGCCCGAUUCCCCUACCCGCCCGGAGCCAUCCCCAACGCCCUGCUGGGACAGCCCCACCCCGAGCAUGAGAUGCUGCGGCACCCUGUGUUCGGCACUCCGUACCCUGGGCGUGAGCUGCCCGGAGGCCUGCCGCCCCACAUGUCUGCGGCGCACCAGCUGCAGGCCAUGCAGGCCCAGUCGGUGGAGCUGCAGAGGCUGGCCAUGGAGCAGCAGCAGUGGCUACACGGACACCCACACAUGCAUGGUGGCCCGCUGCCCGGACAGGAGGACUACUACAGUCGGCUGAAGAAGGAAAGUGAUAAGCAGCUGUAACCAAGCGAGGGAAACGUGAGGAGACGAGACAAGGGGUCGGCAGGACACAGGAAGUUGGAAAUGAACGCAGUCACGAGGAGGAGAGGAGAGGAACUCCACGGUGUCCUUGGACCGUUUUAAUCUUAUUUUACGACAACGCAAAGAGGGGAAAAAAAGGAAAAGGGCAGACACCGGCAUCCUUUAACUGUUAUGGACAUGUUUUUCCUUUUUUUGUUUUUGAUUUUUUUUUUUUUCCUGUUCGGAAAAAGGAACUGAGACUUUGGUAUAUAGCGUUCAAGUAGUGACAACGUCUUGAAGACUGAUUGUGACUUUCCUGCAUGGCAUCCAACUCCGAGAAGCUUCCCUGAACCUGUUUUUUUGUAGGUGCUAGAGAACACGACUCUUUCUGUCACUGUGCUUAUGGAGAACGAAAGGACGAAGAAAAAAAGAGACACUGAGGGAAAAAAACAAACUGACGGGCCAUUAUAUCUGAAAAAGUGCUAUCUUAAAUUCAAUGUUUAUUUUAAUACAUUGUAGAACGUUUUCACAAUUUUAAAAAGGAAAAAAGCUGCAGCAUGGCUUUUUCUUUUUUUUCUUUUUUCUUGAGUCUGUAAAUAGUAUAUAUACAUAUAAUUAUUAUUAUUAUAAUUAUUAUUAUUAUUAUUAUUAUUAGGUGUGGAUUCCUAACCGAGUUGUUAGACCCUUCCAGUAUAAUAGUUCUGAAGCAUUAUCCCUUGUUUCAGAGGGGAGCACAGUGGCUCUGUUUCGGUUCCGGUUAGCAGUCACGAGAAGAGAUAUGGUCCAUUUAGAGAGAUGGAAACAAACGGAAAAGUUCCACUGGUACAGCAGUACCUCACAUGGAUCCUCCAUAUGCUUCAUGUUUCAGUUCAGUGUCAUCGCUUUUUUGAGAGCCAGCCGCAGAAAACAAGAACGACACACGCAGAAAGGAAAGAAAAGAAAAACACAAACACCUCAUGAUCAACAAAGGCAGGGCCACUUUGGGCCCUGUGUUACCUGUUUAGUGUAUGAAACUCGACUGGUGUUGAGUUGGAGAUUUGAGACACAGGACGAGGAGAGGGGUAAGCUGUGUCUUGGUUGGGUCUCACAGGAGAGCAAGCACCCAAUCACAUGAGCCAUGAGCACAUAUCAUUCGCAUAACUUUGAAGAAACAAAACAAAAAUGUACAUUUUGCACUAAAUUUUGUUGAGCACUCAUUAUGACCUUUUCUUUGUACUCAAUUGACCUCGUUUGCAAAUCAGGAAAAGCAAACCUAAAGGGUGGAUGGAUCCACCAUUUUAAAAAUGUCAAAUCUGUUUUACAAUGUCAUUCCAAUUGUUAAUUUUUAGCGCUCAAAACAAGCGGCGUCCUUACCUCGCACAAAAAAUGUGGUAAUGCUGUUCAGAAUUGUAUUGGCAUUCUUUACAUUCGCAGUUCCUCAGCCAGUGCUUUUUUAAAAUGCCUCAGUUUUAAGACUUAAUUGAUGAGUGCUUGAUUUGAACCUUCUUUGUGGACACAGCGCUCCAUUGCUCCUCCACAUAUCCUGUGAUUCCCCUCUCCUCCUCCCCCUCAUCCCACCACCUCUUUCCCCGCUACAAACCCAGGUCUCCUCCUCCUCCUCCUCCUCCUCCUCCUCCACUUAACCUCCAGACUCACUGUAACAACUCAAGGUACCAUACUCACUGUGAUGCCUUCACGGCAAGCCAAGCUCCUGAGGGUUAAGUGCUUGGACCAGAGUGGUGGUGAAGGUGUGUGUAUGUGUGUGUGUGUGUGUGUGUGAGAGAAGACGGCCGAGAAGAGAGGGGAGUGUUUACAGUAGAGAAGAAAUACAUGCUCGCUCGCUCGCUCACUCCCCAGCCCCCAGGAUCAGUCUGGCUGCAUUCCUUUACAAACUACUGUGUUCCAAUGGUAUAUAGGUCCUCCUACCCCCAACGUUCAACCUCCAGGCAGUUCUGAUGGCUAAUGGGGGUUGGUGAAUGGGGUCAGUGGGGAUGGUGUACCUUUUACUGUCCAGACUGUUACAUGCCGUAUUUUAAUUAUGCAGUCAUGCGCAGCACCUCACCUCUUGACCACUUGACAACAAAUUGCCCCAUCUCAUAUCCAUAGACGUCUAUAAUUAUCUGCAUCUUGCACUUAGAAUCUUACCUCUCCAGAUUGCUGACCUGAACCGGUCAAAUAAUCUAGUCACACAGAGGGGGCCUUUCACUGGGGUACCCGGUUAUUGGCAGCAGCUAGUAUUUUUGCAGGUAGUAUUUUUAUGCGGAGCUUCACCAGCCAAACGUUUUUCAUUUUGAAAAUGUGCAGCUUUAUUGUUUUCUUUUAGCCCUCAGUGUGUGUGUGAGGACUAAAUCCACCACACUGGCCUGUUUUUAUGAGAAUGAGAAAAGAAAAACAACUUCUGCCAUUGACCUGUCUCUUGUCUAUAAAGGUGUGCUGAGCAUUUGAUAAUCUCUCACUCCAGCUCCUCCGCAUCAUUUUUACCAGCAGUGGCAGCCCACCCUCCGUACCGCACCGUAUCGCACCCCACCCCACCCCACCCCUCUGUUCCUCUUUUGUGUCUCAAACCUUUGAUGUUAAGUGUUGUCAAUGGUUUAGCUUCUCGUUUUAAAAAGCGGCAAUAGCAGAAUGUAAAAUUCUGACUGCUAAGAUUUAUAUAUACUGGUAUCUCGAAGCUUAUUGUACAUAUUAGUAGUCGCCAUGGGAUGACACAAUGUAAACAAAAAGUAGAAAUAAUUAAGACAAAUUGUGAGUCCUGUGUUCUCUCCAUUUGAGUAUUUUGUAAUUUUUUUGAAAAAUUUGUGGAAUUAAAAAUAAAACUAAGUUACACCACA